GCAGGGGGAAUUUUCUUGUGGCAAACCUGUGAUUCUAGAAAAAAAAUCAUUUUCAAAAUUACCAGUUUUMCGGUCUCCUUGGACAGUAGCUUGAGACAAAUCAGUCAGCUGCUUGUACACUGUCAAUGAUGGAAUCAGAAGARUCAGUCAGCAAAGUACAACUGAGAAACCCUAAAUGUGCCCGAUGUCGAAACCACAACGUCGAAUCGGACCUAAAAGGACACAAACAUUAUUGCCAAUGGCGCGAUUGUGUGUGUUCUAAGUGUAUCUUAAUCGCAGAGAGACAGAGAAUCACUGCGGCGAGGGUAGCAUUACUCAGAUAUCAUUCUAAUAGUGUACAUAGUAUAUCUGAACACUCAGAUCAUUCCAUGGGACUACAAGGAAUACAAAAUGGUGAACCAAUGGGAUUACAUAACGAUAUACCAUCCUCGCCUCAAGAMAACAUUGCGGUACCUCGUAACGAAGAAGAAACGUAUCAAGACACCAACAAAAAGAUCAGUGGAAUAAAAAGAGAGCAUCCAGAAGACCCCGCAGAAAAUUCGGAGCAGGAUUGCUCGCCAGAAUGUGAAAUUCCAACAAAACGUCAAUCCAUCCAAUCAAAAGAKGAAAAAAUCAUUGCACCUAAAGCAAAUAGCGAGCCAAUCUUAUCAUCUCACACAAGCGCUUUGAGAAACAGCACGUCAAAUGGUGUAGACUACAAUAUGUUGCUUCUCAGGCAUGGAAUCGAUAGUUUUAACAGGAGAAAUGCAGUUCACAAUCCUCAAAGUCCAAUUGAAGUUUUGGUGAAAAUCUUUCCUACAUUACGACGUUACAUCCUGGAACUGAUACUUAAAGGGUGUGACAAUGAUAUCGUCAACGCUAUUGAAUGUAUCCUGGCAACCAACCACAUAUCACCUCUGCAUCGAAACGAGACACACGUGUCACGUGCUCAAGAAGUCCCCUUUCAUUACCAGGUUCCCAGGCCACAAGUUAUCCCUCCUAAUGACACCAUGACACCCACUUCUACUUAUCCAAAUAUGGACAUGAUAUCCAGACCACGUGGAGUGGGGCGUGCUCAUAUGUAUGGUCCAGCUUCGAGAUUUUCAUCAGUGAUUACCAAGUGCACAUUCUCAACRCCGCCACACAUUCCAACAUUACCGUUUGACAGGGUUCGUCAGAACUGUAAAUCACCCGAGAAUCGUUCAUGUUUAAAGUGCGGAUGUGGAACAAGAAAUGGCGAGGCAGCUUGUUGUAGUUCUGCRGAACCUGUCAGACACUAUCAACAGAGCUGGAUCUAGAGGGGGAGGGUGGAUAUGGUUUUGGCAACACCAUGCUACUUAUCAUAAGUUAUGGAUGGUUACACAGUUGAAAUAUCUGCCUUCCCUUCUAGCUUUGCAUAGUAAAUAUAUUACCUAGUAAAGACAGGUAAUCUAGCUUUGCAUAGUAAAUAUAUUACCAGGUAAAGAGACGGAAUCCUCAAAAUACAUUAUUCUAUAAAGAACAAUAUUAUAGUCCUGUAGACAUUCAAGGGAGUCCAGAGUUAUCGAAGUGUCAUGACCCUCAUGGCAUUUUUUAACCUAAAGUUACGUUUUUGAAAAAAAGGUGAAAAAUGGAAAAGGGAUUCCUAUGCAAACUGAAUUUUCCCCUCCCAACCCCUUCUACAAAAGGCCUGGAUCAUCCCUUGUUAAAACUUUCAUCAAGUUUAACCAAGUCUCAAUGUAAUCAAUGUAAACUUUCUUUUAAAUCAAAAGGCUAUUGCAUAUAAUCAAGUAAACAAAUUUAAGGAAACAAUAAGGAAUUCUAUAAAUCAUUGCUGCA